AUGGUCGACGUGGUUGAAUCGAAUCGAUCGGCUGCUGCGGGAGAGAAGAGGGAGGCGGAAACCAAGGUGGCAGAGGUGGACUUUGAAGAAGAAGAGGGGGCGACUCCUUGUAAGCCGCCCAAGCAAGCAGUUUUAGGGAGACCUGAAUCAGUCUAUAUUCCCACUACUUCGCUUAGCAACAAAUAUGAAUGUUUGGCUGCAUCUCUUGCCUCCUUUGAAUUUGGCAUUGAUGAGAUAUGUUUCAAGUUUGUGAAGAGGUUCCAGUCGUUGAUCGGCAUUACCCAAGCUGAGGAUGAGUGUUUGAGCUUUCUAGCAGUACGUCACAUCAACUUUACAUCACUUCAGUCAGAACUCAUUAAAAAUGAUUACGCAAGCAAGCUUAGUACGUUGGGCUUUGAAAUUGGCCAUAUCGUUCAUUCGGUGGAGGCAACUAUAUUCGUGCGAGUCAAGACGGGGUCAUGGCCAGAUGGUUUCCGUGCCCAAUUUGCUGCCUGCACAGCCAGCAUAGGUGAGGCAGAAGUCAUCCUAGUUGAUUCUGGGGAUGAUAGAGUCCAUGUUGCUCGUGAUGGCAGUAUCAGGCUUUCGCGAUGUGUCACGUCGGUCGAGAUUAAUGGAAAGUUGGAGGUUUGUGUGAAGGCAGGCCGAGGUGAAGAAAUUGUCGUGGGCAAGAAGAAGGUAUUCAAGCUUAAGAAGGAUGGUGCAAGCCAUGGCAUUCUUGGUGUUGGCUUCUGCACAUUGGAUAUUACUGUUGCUUGGUCAAUUGUUUGAGUAAACAUGUGAAGUUGCUAAUGUAUAUAUUACCCCCUCCGUUACAAAAUUAUAGGUUGUUUUCGCCUUUUAAAAUACAUAGUUUUUA